UCCCCCAAAUCCGUCAUGGAUUAUCUCUCUAAACCCGGGUUCCUCAGCGUCAUCGCUGGAGUCGCGUGCGGAGUGUGCCUGGGAUGGGGCAUUCGGGGGAGGCUCCUGAGGCGGCCCAAAGCCGGAACGGCCGCGCCGGCGAACAACCUGGGGAGCGAAGCUAACGUCAUGGGAGAGUCCGGGGAGUUCAAGAUGGUGCUGGUUGUCCGCAACGAUUUGAAGAUGGGCAAGGGUAAAGUAGCAGCGCAGUGUUCCCACGCUGCUGUUUCUGCCUACAAGCAAGUUCAGAGGAGAAAUCCUGAACUGCUGAAGCAGUGGGAGUACUGCGGACAACCUAAAGUGGUCCUCAGAGCUCCCGAUGAAGAGACGCUGAUCCAGCUCCUGGCUGAUGCUAAACACCUCGGUCUGACUGUGAGCUUAAUACGGGACGCGGGUCGUACUCAGAUAGCUCCGGGCUCCCAGACGGUCCUGGGUAUCGGACCGGGACCAGCUGAUGUAGUAGAUAAAGUUUCUGGUCACCUAAAACUCUUCUGAACUGGGGACCAAAGAAAUCUGAUCAGUACUGAAGGGAUAAAGUCCAAGUUUUUGGAUUUUUCUGUAUGUUCUCUCAGUAUGAAUAAAAUAACCAGGUUUAGUAAGAGAUUUAAAUUUGCA